GAGGAAAUGAAAGAGGAAGAUGAGGAGGAGAGGGAGGAAGAAGAGUGUGAGACGGACGCCAUCCAGGAUACCCGGGACAGCUUCAGCUCGAGGUUCGAGUGCAUAGUGGAGGAGGUGGAUGCAGAGGUGGAGGAGGAAGAGGAGGAUGGGCAGGAGGAGACGGAAAAUCAGGACGGCUUCAGCUCCACGUUUGAGCGCAUCGUGGAGGAGGCGGAGGUGGAGGUGGAGGUGGAGGAGGGGUCGGAGGUCAGGGAGAACCAGGACGGCUUCAGCUCGACAUUCGAGCGCAUCGUGGAGUCGGAGUUGCUGCGGGGCACGUACUACAGCAGCCUGGACUCGCUGGACGUGCUGUCGCUGACGGAUGAGACGGACAGCUGCGUCAGCUUCGAGGCGCCCCUCACCCCGCUUAUCCAGCAGAGGGCGCGAGAGGGCCCCGAGCUGCCCGAACCCCUGGAGCUGGCCACCGUGGUGGAACAGGAGGGGCCGGAGGCGGGGCUAGAGGCUGGGUCUGGUGCAGGGCAGGGCAAUGGGGAGAGCUGUCCGAGCCCUCUGAGAAACUCCAUCACCAGCAGCCGGUCCGAGAAUGUGCUGAGCCGCUCCACGCUCCGGGCCCUGCCCAACGGGUUCCACUCCGACACCCCGGGGACCCUGGACAGCAGCAAUGCCUUCCCCAGCUCUGUCAGCGAUGCCAACCUCACAGAUGUGCUGUCGGACUCGGAGUCGGAGCUGGGCAGCUUGGAGCGGCUGGAGCAGGGCAGCACCGACACCCUGGCCAACGGUUGCCGUGCCGACAGCGAUGCUGCUAAGCGGCUGGCCAAGCGGCUGUUCUACCUGGACGGAUUCAAGCGCUGCGACGUGGCGCGGCACCUGGGCAAGAAUAACGAAUUCAGCCAGUUGGUGGCAGCGGAGUACCUGCGCUUCUUUGACUUCACGGGCCUGCCGCUGGACCGGGCGCUCAGAACCUUCCUGAAGGCUUUCCCCCUGAUGGGCGAGACGCAGGAGAGGGAGCGGGUUCUGGUCCACUUCUCCAGAAGGUUCUGUUACUGCAACCCAGAGGCUCUCACUUCUGAAGAUGGUGUCCACACCCUGACGUGUGCCCUCAUGCUCCUCAACACAGACUUGCACGGACACAAUAUUGGGAAGAAAAUGUCCUGCCAGCAGUUCAUCGGCAACCUGGACGGCCUGAAUGACGGAAAGGACUUUGCUAAGGACUUACUGAAGGUUCUGUACAAUUCGAUAAAGAAUGAGAAGCUGGAAUGGGCAAUAGAGGAAGAGGAGCUGAGGAAGUCUCUCUCGGAGCUGGUGGAGGAGCAGGCUGACUGUGGGGGGAAGAGGGUGGCACGGGUUGCUGAUGGCAGUAACCCUUUCAUUGCCAUCCCGCUCCUCCUCAACGCUGCAACAUACAAGCACGGCGUCCUUACACGCAAGAGCCAUGCGGACAUGGACGGCAAGCGCACUCCUCGGGGCCGUAGAGGCUGGAAGAAGUUCUAUGCUGUUCUGAAAGGGACGAUCCUGUACCUUCAGAAGGAUGAGUAUAAACCAGACAAGGACCUUUCAGAGGUGGACUUGAAGAACGCUGUGCGUGUUCACCACGCCCUGGCAACCCGAGCCAGCGACUACAGCAAGCGGCCCAACGUGCUGAAGCUCAAGACCUCCGACUGGAGGGUGUUCCUCUUCCAAGCUCCGAGCGAGGAGGAGAUGAUGUCGUGGAUCUUGCGCAUUAACCUGGUCGCCGCCCUGUUCUCCGCCCCGGCCUUCCCGGCUGCCAUCGGCUCCAUGAAGAAGUUCUGCAGACCCCUGCUGCCCUCAUCCUCCACGAGGCUGAACCAGGAGGAGCAGCUGAAGUCCCAUGAGAGCAAGCUGAAGCAGAUCUCCAUGGAGGUGGAGGAACACAGCCGCAGCCCGCCCGACCUCACCCUCAAAACCAAGGAGACAGAGGAGUACAGGCUGAAGGAGCACUACCUGACGUUCGAGAAGAGCCGGUACGAGACCUACAUCACACUGCUGCAGGCCAAGCUGAGGGUGGGCAGCGACGACCUGGACAAGAUCGAGGCGGACCUGCUGCGCGUGGAGGGGCCCGAGGGGUACCUGCGGAAGACCCAGUCCAGCCCGUCCAUCAGCCAGGGUCACAGGACCAACGGCAGGGCAGACAGCAGAGCCAGCCUGGAGAGGCGGAGCUGAGAGGGGGAUCUGGACGCCUGGUCACCCAACGCCCCUGCAUUAAACAGCUGAAGAAAAAAAACUUAAAAAAGAGAGAAAAAAUACAUUUCGUUGUACAGUAUUAUUAAUAUUAUCAUCACUAUUAUUAUUAUUAUUAUUAUUAUUGCUGUUAUUUCUAUGAACUAUAAAUUUUGUGCCAAAAAACAGGAAGGAAAACAGAAUGUGCAUGGGGACGGAAAUGCCAUGAAGAGGCAGUGGGAGUGGCAGCAGGUGGAGGGGGUUGUGUGUUUACGGCUGGUGAGUGAGUAGGUGUGUUGAAGAGUGGAGGGAAUGGGUGAGUUAAACUGUGUAGCUGCGUUGAGUGUUGUGGAGCGUUUAAUGGUUUGUUGUGUUUUGGGGGGGGUUGAGUGAGUAAGCGUGUGUUAAUGGGUGGAUUGUGUGGUGUGUUGAGUGGGUGAGGUGAACGGAUGUGAAUGUGUUGAGUGGGCGGGGUGAGUAGGUGUGAGUGUGUUCAGUGGGUGGGAUGAGUGGGUAUGAGUGUGUUGAGUGGGUGUAGUGUGUGGUGUGUUGAGUGUGAGAGGUCUACUAUGUUGUCAGAGGUAAGGGUGAGAGUUUUUUGGGCAUGGUGAGAUUUUCGGUGCUUACUGUGCCCUUUACCAGUGCAUUUCUUACACCCUCACGAGGUUGUCUUCCACCUCAAGGGCUGCUCCAAACCCGGGAGUCCAACAACCAGUCGCAAAAAGAUCACAGUCGACUCCUGGCAAGAGCCGACUGUGAUUGAUUGAUUGAUUUAAUACUGAUAUUAUGUUUUACACUACAGGUGUGCUGAGCUAGGACACGAAACAACGGUACGAAAGUGCGCUGUGAAGUCGGGAUGACUGUGCUGAAGUUGAAGGGGGGUGAUUUGGAACCCAGCCUUAGGCCAGUGCAUGAAUGUGGAGGGGAGAGAAUGGGUGGGCUGAGAAAAUGCUGUUUGGAUUAAUAUUGUGGAUUAAUACUUUGAGAGGAUGAAUUGCCUAGCCUGUCAGUUUAUGACUGUUGGGGUGUGAUGAAGGAAGGGAGGACGAAGGUGUGGCUUUGGAUGGUGUGUGCGUGCGCGCGUGUGUGUGUGUGUGUGUGUGGGCGUGUGUGCUGAACAGGAUGGGGAGUGGUUAGAGGUAGGCUUUGUAAGCAUCGUGAUUGUGGUUUGACGCCGUUGGAGGGCGCUCGUUCUGCGCUUUGAUGGACAUUUCUAACACAGACUCUGACCUGCUCCUGCUACAGCUCUCAGAGUACAGACUAAAAGGCAGCAGGACUGCACAAACCAACCCACUCUUUCCCCCUGAAAAAUGGCCACUGGUACUAUUGCUGACACUACAAACUGUGGACAUGGAGCUGGUCAGACGUGGAGCAGGGGACCUCGGCUCUGCUGCUGGUGGAAACCGAAGGAUGACCAAGCAUCCACUGGAGGAAGAGAAGGGAAGGGGUCAGGGAUAGCUGCCCCCUCCCAGGACCGAAAACACCCGAGCGUUCAACACAGCAUCUUACCUUGAUGGUACGAAAUCUGCCCAGAACAAGACAUUAUUAUUGUUAUUAUUAUUAUUUUUACAGUCCAGGAUUUGUUGACCAGAGCAAGUACUCUUCCCUGUAUCUCACCUGGCUCUUCUGAAAACAGAAUAAAAUCAAUGUGAAAACUGCAUUUUUAUACACUCAUAACAGCUUAAUCUGAAAAUACCUUCCAUGUCUUAAUGGCUGUAGUGUUGGCCUUGAUUUCCCCAAAUCUUUUAGAUAGGUG